CGCUGCCAAAUAGUCUGACACAAAAUCCCUUCAGAAGCAGCUGCCUCAGAAAAGUCCAGAGUUUUCUCGCCCGUCCUCUCGGAAGGAGUUUUCCGGUGUUCCGGUUCCGGACCACAAAAAAAAGAGAAUGUCCGUCAUCAACAUCUACUACCACAACGAGAACAUCUACAACGUGGAGAAGAAACCACCGGAACGGCCACCGAAGCCCCCACUCUACCACUCCCGGUUCGAGCACCAGGUCCGCCGUGAGACCAAAUCCUGCAAGGAUGCCCACCGGACGAUGGGCUACGCCAAGGUCCCGCCCCAAAAACCCGACGAAUUCCUCAAGAAGAACUGCGGCGUCCGGUACCGCGCGACCAAAUCCGCUCCGGUGCGACUCUGCGGUCCCGCCAACCACAAACCGCCCGUUCCAAAAAAGGACGAAGUGGCCAAGGCCACGGCGAUCACCCCCAAGUGCGUCGACUUCAAGGUCGAAAACAUCCGCAAGGUGGUCAACACGAGCCCGAAGAAGGUUCGGUCCCGGUACGCGGACACCCGCAAGGGCGACUUUCACGAUCUGGAAAAGUCCGGCCUGCUGCCGGUGUACAAGUGCCAACCCAAGUACGGCAAGGUGCCGGGCUAUCUGGAGCGGCGCAAGAAGGACCUGGAGGCGGCCAGCAAGCGCACGGUCGAGCAGAGCGCCGACGAGAAGGCCCGCUGCGAGGCGAUCUCGCAGGAGGAGCGGCUGGAGCUGCUGAAGGGCCUGAAGAAAAACUGGGAAAAUCUGCAGCGCGAGUACCAGAGCCUGCCGCUGCUGAUCGACACCGUGCCGAAGAUGAUCCGCAAAGCCAAGCUGGAAAAGGGCCUCAAGGAGCUGGAGAAGGACAUCCUGACGAUCGAGAACAACCCGUACAUUUACGUGUUUGACGACGAACAGCAGCAGCAGCAGCAGAAUAAGUAGGAUUUAGUGCGUGUGCGGAUUUGGUAGCACUGGUUUCAUAUAUA